GCUGAAGAGUGGCGAGAUUUUGCCUCAUUUUUCUAAGCCGACGGGACAGGUGCAGGCUAAGCCUCUGUCUUCACUUUUAGUAGGAUUGCCAGAUAUAAGACAAAUACAAAUUAAAGACUUGGAGAUCAAAAAGCGGAUCACACUGAAAGGAAUUCCUAUUUUUCUUGAAUAUCUAUGAAUAUUGGAGCUGGAGGGCAGUGAAGAGCGCAUAACUCGUGUUUAUUGAACACAAUAAAAGGAAGGAACCUUGCGGUCCGGGAGUUAUCCAGUUUUUAAUGAAAAUGAAAUAACUAUAAACUACGGUUUAUAAAGAAGUACCCAAAGCUCAACAUUUAAUGGAGGCUGAUUUGUUGAAAGAAUAAGCUGCAAGCCAAGGUUUCGCAAUUAUUUUGGAUAGAGCACAAAGAUCAUAGACAAUACAAGGACUGGCUAAGGAGUGUUUUAUUGAAGAAAACCACAUGAUGAAUUUGACUUUUAUUUAGUACCAGCAUUAGUCCAUUAUUUUAUCAUUGAAUUGACAGAAGUCCGCUAAGUCAGUUGCUUUAUCCCCCCCUCCCGUAAAAAGAAAGACAUGAGUUGCUUCUGUGCUCCCCAGCAGGAGUUUUAUUGUGAAGUUUUACUGUUGGAUGAGACCAAAUUGACGUUAACCACUCAACAACAAGGAAUAAAGAAAGCCCAAAGCUACAGGUUACCCGACCAUGAAGGUGUCUCUUGAGGAUACAUUUGGCUAUUGGUAGCUGACCAGGAGCCCAAAAAGUAGCCCAGGCUUCUACUGUAAUUUGCUGUGAACUCUCUGUGAAACAAAAUACAGGCCCCAAGGGCUGUAAAGAAAUAUGAAGUCCACUAAGGGGUCGGUGGUGCUGGACUUUGUGUUCAACCAUGUGAACCUGGCCGAGACAGACUACUUCGGGCUGCGCUACUGUGACCGCAGCCACCAGACGUAUUGGCUUGACCCCUCAAAAACCCUUUCGGAGCACAAAGAUUUAAUAACGACGGGGCCUCCAUACACACUCUAUUUUGGGGUCAAGUUUUAUGCUGAGGAUCCCUGCAAGCUAAAAGAAGAAAUAACAAGGUACCAAUUCUUCCUGCAGGUAAAGCAAGAUGUACUACAAGGCAGAAUUCCCUGUCCCCUUGAUAUCAGCGCACAGCUGGCAGCCCUGGCCAUACAGUCUGAACUUGGCGACUACGACCCGUACAAACAUGUGUCAGGCUACGUGUCAGAGUACCGUUUUGUCCCGGACCAGAAAGAGGAACUGGAAGACGCCAUCGAGACGAUUCACAAAACCGUAACGGGUCAGGUUCCCUCCGAGGCUGAAGCCAAUUAUUUAGGAACAGCUAAAACACUGGACAUGUAUGGAGUCGACCUUCACCCUGUAUUCGGAGAGAAUCAGUCUGAAUACUUCUUGGGGCUGACCCCUAUUGGAGUCGUUGUUUACAAAAACAAAACACAAGUUGGGAAGUAUUUCUGGCCAAGGAUAACUAAAGUGCAUUUCAAGGAAACACAAUUUGAGCUUCGAGUUGUUGGAAAAGAUUGUACAGAGACGUCGUUCUUCUUCGAGGCACCCAAUAAGACGGCCUGUAAACAUCUGUGGAAGUGCUGCGUAGAACACCACACUUUCUUUAGAAUGCCAGAAAAUGAUUCCAACACACUUACAAGAAAACUAUCCAAAUUUGGUUCCCUGGGAUCUAAACAUCGGUACAGUGGUAAGACAGCUAUGCAGAUGGGCAGGGAUCCGUCUAUCAGUCUGCCCCGGCCAGACCUGCAGGUGGUCAGGACCCGCAGCAAGACCUACCCCAAGAGACCACCACCGACCACAGGACUGAACAAUGGGAAUCGGUCAAACACAAAGACGGAGAAUUCGGAAAAAGAAGGAACGGCUAAGAUGACAGCACUGCCUUCUGUGAAGAGCGCCAAAGUGACCAAGGCGGAAAAUGGUGGUCCAGAGGAACAGCGAGGGAAGCCCAAUGCACCGUGGGAUGAGAACGCCCCACAAAGUGGACUGUACAACACGGCCAACGAGCGAACAAAGUCGCCUAAAUUCCCCACGGCACGUGGACGCACCCCGUCAGGAGGCAGCGAGAACGAGACGUCCCAGAACAGACGCAGGAAAGGCCAGGCCAGUGAUCCAACAGCUCCCCAGCAGCAGAGCAAACAGCAGAGGAGAAGGUCACGUUCCCGCGGCAACACCAGUAGUGGCAGCGAGUCUGAGAACUCCACCCGGGACCAUCGUAAAAAGAGGAACCGGUCUCGUCAAGAGAAUGAGAUGGUGGACUCUGGCCCUCAGUGGGAAGCUGUGCUCCGCCGUCAGAAGGAGAGGUCUCAGAACGACCCAAACCACCGCCGCUCACGACACCGCUCUCGGUCGCGGAGUCCAGACGUGCAGGCUAAGGAACAACUGUGGAAACACAUCCAGAAGGAGCUGGUGGACCCAGCGCCAGACCUCACAGAGGAUCAGCUGAAGGAGAUCCCGUACAAGAAAGUGGAAACCCAAGGAGACCCAAUAAAAAUCCGGCACUCUCAUUCUCCCCGGAGCUUCCGUCAGUACCGGCGCUCCCAGUGCUCCGAAGGGGAGCGAUCCGUGCUCUCGGAGGUCAACGCCCGGACAGAUCUUGUGCCCCCAUUACCUGUGACACGAACAGCAGACAUCCCAGGUUCCAGCUCCACCCCCGCUCAGAAGAAGCACGGAUCCAAAGACACCCUGCUCUCAGAGAUCAUAGAGCGUGAUGUGAAGAGCAGCGCUAAGGUGGUGAAGACUGUCCACCCUCCCAGGACCAAGGUUGAGACGUGACCUGACCAAAACACAACCCCCACCGCAGAAACAAUGGCACAAUCUCCCACCAACACAAAACGUCAAGACCACCCUGAUUUCUUGAAAGAAAAAAAUGACUUGUGAAAUACAAUGGAGGGAGCUGUGUAGAGUACAACGGCUGUACAGUGCGCCAGUGACAAGCCCCACCUUGAAAUAAUCCUGUGUGUGUCUAUGUACGGUAACGUUAUGUGUUAGAUAAUGCAUGGGCACAAAUGUCACUGGUCUAUGUGCCAGUAUGAUGCUGUCUUUUGGAACACACCACACUGGGAACCCUGUACAGUAUCUUCACAUCAUUCACACGAGCGCAUUUCCCGGCUUAAGUGUUGAGUAAAGCCUGGUCUCAGAUCUGUUUGUGAUGUAUAGCCAACUCCAAUAUACUGUAUCACAGUUGGUCUGUGUCUAGAGCAAGUCAUGGUCACCUGUUCAUGCACGUAGCAACAGCAGCUGAUAAUUAAGCGGCAAAAACCUUUUCAGUUAUUUUAAACUCGGAUAAGUGUUUUAUAAUUAAAAACACAUUUUUCAGUUAUUUACAUGUAUUUUAACACUGAUAAGAGUUCUACAAUAAAACAGAAUUUCAGAUGUUUUUCUUUAAGCACAUUGAUUUCAGUCCAAUGCUCACAUGAAGGCUGAGGAUGAGACUAUGAAUUGCGUAGCGAACACUGCACAGUGAGGUCCGACUGAGAUCAAUCAUGGUCUCCUAUGCAUUGGCCUCCGAUUUGGUUUGCGUUAUUAUUAUACAACACAGUAUUAAAACGGUGUUUCACUCAUACAUGUUGAGCUCCAUAUGGACACCGAGUGUGCGUCUGAAAUGGCACCCUAUUCCAGGUAUAGUGCACUACUUUUGACCAGACCCUUAUGGGCCCUGGUAAAACAAUGAUUUACUAUAGGGGAUAGGGUGCCAUUUCAGACGCAGACUGGGUUAUUGUAUUGUCAAGUCAGGUGUGUUUACUGUAAGUAUUUUCUACUGUAGGAACCUUUGAUCCUGGACCCCAUUUUGUUUUGCUCAAGAGUACUGAAUAACUGUUUUGCAUAUCUCUGCUGUUUUAAGGUUAAAAAUAAAUAAAUAAAUAAAAAUGUCACUUAGAACUGUGUAGCUACACUGUACAGUUGUUAAACUGGAAUUUCAGUCCUUUUCAAUAAAUACAUUCAAUAUGUCU